AUGACGGAAAAGCAUAAACUAAGAUACCUACAAAGGUAUCUUGCGCGAACAAAUGAAUCAAGAGUGGAUCGAUUUGUCAAUGCCAUGCAAGAUUUGGAAGAAAAGACACGGAAAUGUUAUGCAGAGUCCAUUGGACUUGAGAAGGAUGCGUUUGUGCGAAUGAUGCUACUUGAUGGAUUUUUUAUCAUUGAGUUUUUUUACAAGUUAGUAUAUGAAGAGAUAACCUUCUUCUUCUCCCAUCUUUUUUCCCAAAGUUCAACGUAUUCAGACGCAUCCGAUGUUCCAAGGGAGAAUGUCAAACAUCUACUAGGCCUUGUACAUGAUACUUGGUGUUCCUCAUUUAAAACGACCGUCUCUUCCCGUCGGGCCGCUGAAGACCAAGAAAGAACAUGGGAAUACAUAAAAUGCAGCACACAGCUUCGAGAGGCUGGGGUUAAAUUCAAAAAGGCCACAGAAACUUCCUCGUUGCUGGAUAUAGAGUUCGAAAAUGGAAUCAUGAAAAUUCUACCUUUGAGUGUUUAUGAUAGUACUGAGGUUGUUGGAGAAGCGGCCUGGUUUAGCGAGACGGUAAACCUAUUCUUGGGUUUCUUGGUUAAUGUCAGGCCAAAGAUGUCUCAAACAAUUGAUCACAUCGCCUUAAGUAUAGACCAAGAGCUUGCUUGCUUACCUCCUACACCAUUGAAUCCUUGCAUUUUCAAAGUGUACCGCGAACUGCGCAUUGAAAAUGAGAAAGCUUAUGAACCAAAACUAAUUACGAUUGGUCCUUUUCACCACGGCAAAGACAACUUACAAGAGAUGGAAGAGCACAAAAUGUGUUGCUUCAUCGGAGAAAUGAGAAGAGUGUGA